CCUCCACCGAGAGCUGAUUUUCUGGUGAUAGCCUCAGCACGUCAAUUCUUUCUAGCUGUUAUCGGAUCAUUUUGUCACUUGAUACGGCCACACAAAAAUGACAGUUAAGGCGAUAAGACAAAUAGCAAAAGGCCAGAAUGGCCUCGGUGCAUUUAUCCUCCAGUGCAAGAAGUUAGACUUCUACUACUGUGACUGGGCCGGUAGUUCCAAGGGUAUGAAUGGCUUCAUCAAGUCUCUUCUCCCCAAGUUCGCCGCCGCCAACCCUCAAGUCGAAUUCUCCAUCUCCCCUCGACCCGGAAAGCACCCCGUUGUUGUCGGUCACUAUAUCAAUGGUCGAACUAAGCCCAUCUGCGUACGAAACCUAUCACCAUACGAGAUCCUUCAGAAGGCCGAGUUAUUGCGUGAUGCCAGUGGAGAGAAGCUGAAACGUUACAACAAAGCCGUCAACAGCGCUCAACCAAGUGUGCGUGGCGUCUGGUCCCCAUACCACGGCAAGGGAAUGGUUGUUUGAAAGCUGGCUUCGAGAAUUGGGUUUUCUGUACAUUUAUGUGUUUUGUAAACAAUAUUGGGGCUGCUUGUAGCAUUGGGUUGCGAGGAAAUUUGUACGAUUUAUAGAGAUCUCCAUGAUGUUUGGGGCAUGAAUGACAACUGCUUCUCGUCUUUACCGCUGGUUGAACACCUAUGCUCUAGCAAGAUCUUAUUUCCGUUUCAUGUGAUAGUCAAAAGUUACAGAAUCACUCAAUGAGAGUGUUUCUCGCAUAAAAUGACAAAUUAUUCGUGGGU